AUGCUCGUGCGGCGGUCUGGCCCCGGCAUGAUAGAGACCGCCGCGGCGCGGGGCUCUCUAGCUCUGCCUGCGCGUUUGGUGCUGCUGGCGCGACGGGCGCGGCCGCUCUCGGCGGCGCGCCUGCUGCUGCGAGCGCUCCCGGCGCUGCUGGCGCCGCCGCUUCGGCCCUCGCUGCUGACGCUCCCUGGGCGGUCGACACGGGCUAGGCUGCUCGGCCUAUCGCCUUUGCGGGUGCCCCAGGCGCUGCCGAUGCCCCCGGGCAUGUCGGCGCUGCCCGCGCGCGCCGUCUUGGUGGCGCCGCCGGCGCCAUCUGCGCGGUCGAAGCUGCCGCUGCUGUUGGCACUGGCACCCUGGCGGCGGCGGCCCCGGCCGGCGGUGGCCCUGCCGGCGGCGGCGGCUGCCGACGGCGGUGGCGGCUCCGGGCCACCCCGCGUGCUCGCCGCCGCUACCGCGGCAGCCGCCGCCGCGGCCGGUUCGCGCGGGCCGCCAGCGGUGGCCACCCUGGCUGGCCUGUCGGCCGUCUCCGGCCGCCGCGCGCUUGCGCGUGUUCCGCAGGCACGCUCUUCCAACGCCCUGGUCACUGCCGUCCUCGGCCUCGCGGCCCUGGCGAUGCUCCAGAGCGCCGCGUUCGUGCCCGCCCCUGCCUCGGGCGCGGAGGCCCCCGGCCUGCGCGGCGCGGCCGCGGCCGCCGUCUACGGCGGCCUCGCCGCCGCCGUGCCGGAGCCCGCGCUGGCCUGGUCGGAGCAGGAGCUGAACAAGCCCGCGCCUCGGUCGACCCCGCGCUUCUUCCGCGCCGCCUCCCUGCCGGCACCCGACCCGGAGCGGCGCUGUGCCGCCCGUGGUCCGGGGUGCGGAGCCCCCCCCCCUCCACACCCCGAUUGCCAUGCGGAAGGGAGACAGGCACUUCGCUCUGUUUGUCUCGGUCGCGCUCUGAUGAUCUGUCG